CGGGCGGAGCACCGUGUCACACCGCACGUGCGCACCUCGUGGCGCAGCUCGUGUGUCUGGAGAUUUCGACGUGUUUGGUGCUUCAGUGCGUUUGGGGUGUGUUGUGUGACUUGUAGCGUGCUUCAAGUGCGUUGACGUGGCGGCAGUGUGUGCGCACUGUGCGUGCGCGCGCGCGUGUGUGUGUGUGCUGUGGCGCGGAGGGCUCGGAAGUGCUGUGCGCUGAACCCGGAAGACCUCCCUGGAGACGGGCGGCGCUUAUCGCCCGGUAUAUCCGAGCCGGCCCUCGCGUGUCGUGUCACCUGACGGUCUCGACGGCGUGACGGCUGCUGGGCCCGCCGCCGGAUACUAAAUACGCAGCGGCCGCCGGAGCGGGCCCGCGCCGCCCGCCUCCGCCGGCGCUCCGGUUUCCAGGCCGGGCGCCGCGCCGAAUAAUCGGGCUGAUGCGGCGGGGGUGUGCGCGCGGCGGCGGCGGCCGGCGCCGGCAGACAUGAGCCGGGGGCGGGCGGUGCCGCCGGCGCUGCUGCCGCUGCUGCUGCUGCUGGCUGCGGGAAGACUCGGCGCGCAGCAGGUGGCCCGCAGGGAGAUAGUGAUCGGCACCCGACUGGGCCGCCUCCAGGGCAGGCUCGAGUAUGCCGAGACGUUCGACAGCGGCGGCGGCAGCCGCUACUACUACGCCUUCCGAGGGAUCCCCUACGCCCGGCCUCCGAUCGGCGACCUGCGCUGGGCGGAGCCGCGGCCGGCAGAGAGCUGGUCGGGCACGCUGGACGCCCGCUCGUUCCGUGACUUUUGUCCGCAGUAUGACGUCAACACGGACACGGUGGAGGGACAGGAGGACUGCCUCUACCUCAACGUCUUCACGCCCUUCCUACCAGGCCAGCUGUCGGCCAGCGGCGGUGGCGGCGCGCCCGGCGGCGGCCUGCUGCCGGUGCUGGUGGUAGUGCACGGCGGAGACUUUGUGCGCGGCGCCGCCAGUCUGCUGGGCCCCCAGCGACUCAUGAGGGAGGACGUCGUGCUGGUGACGCUCAACUACCGGCUCGGCGUGCUCGGGUUCAUGAGCAGCGGCUACCCGGAGCUGGCCGGAAACUACGGCCUGCUAGAUGUCAUCCAGGCGCUCUCCUGGGUCCGGGACGCGGCGCGAGACUUUGCCGGCGACCCGUCACGGGUCACCCUCGUGGGUCACGGCGCCGGCGCCGCCAUGGCGCACAUCCUGAUGCUCUCACCACGCGCCAAAGGUCUGUUCCAGCGCGUCGUCCUGCAGAGCGGCAGCAGCCUCUGUCCAUGGUCCGUCGAGCCAGAGCCGUACGACGCCGCCGCCCUGCUCUCCGACGACCUGGACUGCGGACGGGGCGACCGCGACUGUCUGCUCUCCCGGUCCGCCCAGCAGCUGGUCAGCGCAGCGCACCGGCGCAUGAGGUUUGUCAGUUUUGCCGGCCACAUGCGGCCGGUGGUGGACGCCGCGCUCCGGUCGGCGCCGGUGCUGCCCGCUGAGCCCCGCUCGCUGCUGGAGGCGCGCGACUUCACCCAGCUGCCGCUGCUGGCCGGCCUGGUGCGGGACGAGGCCCUACAGACCGUCCUCUACCAGUAUUUGGAGGCGGAGCGACCGACCGACGGCUACUACAUGGAGCACAGCGUGAUCGACUGGACACUGGAGCAGCUGUUUAGUUACAACUUCAGCCACCAGUCGGCGCUGGUGACGGCCGUCAAACGACUCUACCUGACCGACCUCGACUACAGCCGGCCAGCAGAGGUCAUCCCCAGGCUCACUGAGCUACUGACGGACGCCUGGUACACGACCUGCCACGACCUGACGGUGCGUCUGCACGCGGCCGCCGGUCCCGUCUACAGCUACCUGAUGGCGCACCGCGUCCCGGGCGGGCCGAGCCGCGUGCGGCCACUGGCGCAGCGGCUGCGCAGCCGCGGGCUCGACUCGGCGCUUCUCGACUCAGGUGUGAGCCACGGUGACGACCUGCUCUACCUGUUCCGGUCUCCGAUCUCGUUUGGCCAGCACUCGGCCUCGGACAAUCUGAUGUCGGAGGUGCUCACCACCUACUGGGCCAACUUCGCGCGCACUGGGGCGCCGACAGUGGCUGGCGUGGACCCGUCAGGCCGACCAGCCUGGACAGUGUCAUCUAGUGAGCAGGUGGCAUACUACAACUUGUCGGUAUCGCCACUGCCCAUGCUGCCUGGUUACAGGGCAAGGGAGGCGGCCUUCUGGCUGGACUCCCUGCCCCUGGUGGAGGAGGAGGCGGGGAGGUCGUACGCCUUCCAGGUGGCCACGUGGACUCUGCUGGCGCUCUGCCUGCUGCUGGCGGUCGCCCUGGCGGCCGCUGUCGCCGUCUGCAUCGCCCGUGGCCGGAAGGACGGCUACGACAGCGACGACGUCAUCAGCAAGGUGAUGCGGUCGGUCCGGAGCAGCACCACCGGAUGAUGGUCAGAGGGGGAGAUGGUUCAGAUCUGUCCAGAGGCGGCGGUCACCACCUCAUCUGAGGACCUGGUGCAGGCCUCCCGCACCACCUACCUGUGACCUAGCCGGUCACCAGUCGGUCACCAGUCACCAGUCCGCCACUGGCCGGCAGCUGGCGUCUGCUCCCAGUGGUUUGCGGCGUAGCCGUGCCAGUGCUCGGGCAAUCUGACUGUCUCCCCCAUCGAAGGCAAUGCUCGCCAAGUUACGCGUGAUGACUGUCGCGCGCGUCAUAUGCCUGAAUCCAGAAAACAUGCCCCGAUUAUAGUACUAUAAUACUGUAUAGCCCCGAGUUCCAUCUCCUUACUUAAGGAGAUGGAACUCUGGGCUCUGAUUGUAAUGUGACGGACCCGAGACGGAAGGGACUUUCAGUCGCCAGACAGCGGGAUAUCCCGGCUCGAGAUAGCUCGGGAAGUCCUGUCACCAGAGUGUGAGGCUGGGAACGUCCCGGCGCCCCCCGACUGAGGGAGCCCGAUACCACCCAGGUGUUUUCCGUCCCCGCCCGCCACCAGCGCGGCGGCCUGCUGUCAGCCAGACGUGCCAGUGCAGAGACCUAGCGCGUUUGUGAGCGCAGUUGUGUUAACCAAAGCAGAUUAUUUAUGAAUAUCAUAUAUUGUUGGUGGCCAAAUGUGAGACGUCAAGCGUAGGCUGAUGCGCGAGUUUAUGUAGUACCUGCAUUUAAUGGUAUAUUUUAUUCAGGCAUAUUUGUGAUACGAGGAUAGUGUAGCCGUCGAACAAUAUUUCCGUAGUAUAGAUUAGUUACUAGCAUUUAGGAAAGACUAUGUAGUCAGUCUUCGAGAUCAAUGUAUGCAUUUGCUGCAUCUGCAAUGUCCAAUGCGCUCUCAUUGUCCACUGUUUCUACUGAUGCUGUACCUGGUCAAAUACAACUUAGUGACUGAA